UGCACUUUCAAGCCCCAUCUGACCUACAUGAUGUUUUUAUUUGUUUGACAGAGCCACACAAACCCAUUUAACAGAAGGGAGAGAAAAAAGGGAAAAUGGUGGCAAUGCGCAAGUGUGUGCAACCCGUCUGGAUUUUUUAGGGACUUUAGACAACAAAUGUUUGGCCAACUCCACACUUAAGUGGAUCAGGAAAGUACCAAAUUGGCCCUGCAUGGACUUUCAGCGAAGCACCGAGACGCACCUGAGACUCUCAAAAGACUUUCAACCUCGCCCCCGGUUGAUGCCAAACGUCAUGACCAUGAACGAUGACGGCCGUUCGCUUGCCGCCGCCGCGCCGCUGGACCUGAGUACCAGUCAGCGGGGGAGCACCUCGUCCGCAGCGGCGCCAGACCGCCCAUGUAGCCGCAAGGAGACCGUCGGCUCACCUGCGCCUCCGCCUACGCCGGGCUUCCCUCGCAAGAGACCGGCUGACGGGGCUUCCUUCCGGCUUCCUUUUCGGAAGCGACCUAUCGCCGUGGAGCCGGAGGAACGAGCGUCUGGAGACGUGGGACGAGUGGAGCGCUUUUCCCCGGCGACGGGGGAGGCUGUCGCGCCGCAGCGACGCGAGAGGAGCGCCGCUGAGGGUCGGCUGCCUGUUGCUGGGGCAACCCACAUGCACGCGAAGGAGGCUGAGCGGAGUUUGGAAGCUUUUCCCGUCCACGUCGUGCCCUCCUUCACUUAUGGUCACUGUCCGGCAUACCCCUACCCGGAGGCGGAGCAUCUCAGCUUCCAGCACUCGCGGGACCCGCUGAGGAGCAUGGCGCUGGCCACUCGGCAAGAUGAAGACGGAGACACAGCCCUGCACAUCGCAGUGGUGCAAGGCAAGCUGGACCUCGUGCGGCAACUCGUCCGGCUGCUGCAGUGUGCCGGCAGGAGCCUGGACAUCUACAACAACUUGCGACAGACUCCGCUCCACCUGGCCGUGAUCACCCGGCAGUCAGAUGUGGUGGAGGCGCUGCUAAGGGCCGGGUCGGACCCCUCCUCAUUGGACCGCAAUGGCCAGACGGUGCUUCACCUCUGCUGCGAAUACCACCAUCCGCUGUGUCUGUCCAUGGUGCUUUCACUCCCCUCGUCUGUCGCCUGCCUGGAGAUGAAAAACUUUCAAGGUUUGAGCCCCCUCCACGUGGCCGUACUCCACGGACACAGAGAUUUGGCCGCCAUGCUGCUGGUGGCGGGAGCUGAUGUCAACACUGUGGACAUCAAGAGCGGCCAGAGUCCCCUCAUUCUUGCCGUGGAGAGCAACAAUGCAGAAAUGGUCCGCUUCCUCAUUGAGAGCGGCUGCGAUGUGAACAGGCCGUCGUACAGCAGCAACACGGCACUGCACAGCGCCUGCGCGCGGGGCCAGGCGGACGUGGUGCGGGCGCUCCUCAAGAGCGGCGCGGACAGCAGUCUCAAAAACUACCACAACGACACACCCGUCAUGCUGGCCAAGAACAAAAAGAUAGCAGACAUCUUACGAGGGAGGGGUUCAAAACCCAUACAAGUUCCAGAUCAACAUUUCGACACGUCAGCCUCGCCACACGGCAGCAGCUUAAUGACCAACAGUAGAGGUUCACCAUCUCCAAGCCGCAGUCGUGGUUGUUCUCCAACAAUGCCUCACUGCGCCACCUCCCACUCACCAAGGACCCCACCAAUGUUCGCCUUUCCAUUUUACGAGCAGGAGUCCUCAUGUAUCAAAACUGGCAACUACUGCAUCCCUCGGAACAUCAAGCAAUGAGGAAAAUGACAAAUCUAGCAUUCAGUGAUGUUGCACAUUAAAAAGAGUAGCCGGUUUACUCAAAGAAUUAAUGGGGGAGAAACUAAUACAGUGUUCAGAGUUGGGUGGCUAGGCUAACCUAUGCUAACGCACAGGUUAAGUCACGUUUCCAGUGCCAUGUGAUCAUCUGCAAUGGAACUCCGGGUUUAAUUUGUUCAGUGACUGAGCUGUGAUGUACCUCAGCUUUGUUUGUACUCAGGGGUGUGCCAAGGCUGGGGGCCGAGGGGGUUUAGGUACCCAUUGCUAGUUUGA